AUGAUUUCUGAGAAUUCCCCAUCAACCAAAGAUUAUACUGAAGCUUAAUUUAAAGAAGGGAAACAGUAGUAACUUAAUUUCUUGAACAUCAUGAAUGACUUACAAUCUAACUAAUCAAAGUUAUCAAUCCCAUCAUAUCUACUUAAGCCAGAUAAAACUGAUGCGAAUACAUUAUAGAACACUAAUAAUGCUAAUACAAAUGCCUGCUCAACAAAUAACAGUAACAAGCUUGAUUCUUACUAAUCAAAAGAUAAGGAUAAUUCGUUAACUGAAAGAGAUGCAAAUGCGAAUGUUAAAAAGGAAUUCCUUAGAAGGUUGUAUCAAAGAGAUAAGUCCAAAGAUAAGCUUGAUGUGCAAAGUAAAAAUGAGCCUGCUGCUACUGUAAAUCAGCAGCGCUAUUCCUAGCCAACAAACUUGACUCAAUAAUUGAUAAGGCUGUAACCAGUUUAAAAUAAUACUGAAUCAGAUUAUCCUGAAACAAAUAGAACGUCAAAACCAGUAAUAUCUAGCUAUACACCUAUAAGAUAGUCAAAUGAUUACCUGAGAUAAUCAAAUAUUUCUGAAAGGUAGAUCAAUUAACUUGACUUAAUACAAAAUGAACCUGAUCAAUCAUCAUUUAAUUUUAACAGAAACUAAUAACCCCCAUCAAUCAUAGAGGAAAAUUAGAGUAGAAACAAGAUUGAGGAUGAGAUCAACAGCUUCCUAAAAUAAAGUGAUAACUCUUAUAAUUAUUCAAGAUAUUUGGAUAACUCUCCUAAAAUUAUAAGCAACUCUCAGAGUAAUCCUAAUGAGAGAAAAGAUCUUAAGUCGACGUAACAGAAAAUCUUUGAAAUUGAUUAGAAAAUCUCAAACCUGAAUCUUCAUUUAAAUAGAUAGCACAAUAUUGAAAAGACAAAUGCAGAAGAUUUCAGUAAUGUGAGUCAGAUCUAAGAAAGCCAAAAUACUCAUGAAAAUGAAUAUGAUCACUCUCCGUAUCGAAAAAUUGCUAUGUAAAAUUAAAACGAGCACUAUAAUAAAGGAGGCUUAGCAACUUUGACAUUCUAAAAGCACAAAUCAACUGAUAAGAAAAACCCUUAAAACUAUAAGCAUCAGAGAGAUUAAAUAUUGGAAUAAAUAGAUUUCUAAAAGGAAUACAUAUAGUAGCAUAAUUAAGACCUGCCAAGAUCUUAUAGAUUGGAUAAUUCGAAUGACUAAAGCAAUCACAAUUAGAGAAGUGAAAGCGUGGUAUCUUAAAACCUGGGUAAAAUAGAAUCUAAAUACACAGAAACCACAUACGAUACUUUUGAGAAAAGAAACAUAAUUUCAAAUAAUCAACAGCUGUAAAUACAAGAUUUAGUCCUAUCAACAAAUAGAAAUACCGAGAGUAUUGUAUAUUAGGAUGUAAAACGAAUGAAUGAUUUCUCUGACUAUGAAUAAACUAUUGAUUCUUGCAAUUUAGAAGCCCUCUCUAAGCAGCAACUUAUUCUAUAAGUACAAGAGUUAAAGAGAUAAGUUGAUAAGCUCUAGGAUUAUAAAAAUAAGUAUGAAAGAACCUCAAAGCAAACUGAAAGAGCAAAGUUAUAAUUUGCUCAUUCUGAAAAAAUUAGAAAUAAUUAGCAUCAGCUAAUAGAAUUACAAAGUUAGAAGAUUUAGAAAAUAAAAAAAGAAUACAAAAAAUUAAAACUAGAAAAAAAAUAAUUAAUGUAGAUAGUUUCAAAACAAAAAGAGAUAGAGAUGAGUGCAAACACAACCUUGCAGCAUUCAUAAUCAAGAACUACCAUAAAAUAAGGCCAAUCAAGUGUUAAGAAUGGCUAGCAUUUCGUGAAUAAUCCUUACCAGAAUAUGCAGGCAAUGGUGAAUUCAAGCAACCAUUAUUUAAAUCUCAAUCCUAACACCACUGCUAUUGAUUACAAAAGAGACCAUUCAAAGAAACCUACAAUUAAAAAGAGCAAAGAUCAUUCUACUCAUGUAUAAAUGAAGGAGAAUAAGCAAUGCAUUUAAGUUUAUGGACAGCCUUAACAACAUCAUUAAAAUCCUGAUAAGCAAGAUUAUUAUGAUUGUGUCACACUAAAUCCACAUGCUAAUCAUAUUGAAAGAAAACUGAGCUAAAGUAAGCUUAAUAAAUCUGCUAAUUACGGAUAUUAGUAGCAGCAUAAUAACCAAAGUAGCAGACAUAAAAAUGGAAACCUAGAUAAAUCAAGAUUUUGA